AUGAUUGAAUGUAAAGCCCGCGAUCUAGAGGCUAAAUUCGCAACUUUAUCCGACGACGAUGAUCAUGAGAUCUUUUUCCCGAGCAUUAUUAUUAAUCCCCCUGGUACUAUCCACCAGACAAACGCGGAACUAAAGGCAAAUUUCCCCGGUCUGAAAGUUCUCUUGUAUUACGGCGCUAAAGGUCAAUCCCGCAAGUUUGACUCGGUCAAGAUUGUGGACAAGGCGGACUUCCUCAAAGUGCUCCGCAAGUUGUCACCUACAGACCCACAGUCCGCGCGAACUGUGAUCAUGACCACGUAUAACACGUUCCAUUGUCGCGAAGUUAUACGGACUGAGAAGCGAUUCAUCUUUCUCGAUCGGAAGGAAAAGGGACCGCCUAAAAAACGGGCCAAGACUGCCCCUCCUCCCAAAAAUCAUCUGAUCACUGAAGAAGCGAUUCUUAAGCGCGUCAGGGUCACCCAGGACACUGAUCCAGACCGUGAAUCUGAAGACGAUGGAGACGAUGAUUACACGCCUGAGCAAAUGCUGGCCUUCCAAGCCAAACGUGUCCAAAACUCGACGAAGAUACGCAAGUAUUACAAGGGAGACUGGGAAGUAGAGAAUAAGCGGCUGCAUUUUCUCAAGGACGAUGAAGAAGGCAUUCCCGAUGGGAAUCUAGUCGAGUUUCGUCUCGCUCGUGAGGCUCUUGCCGAUAUUAAGUGGUGCUUCUUAAUUGUGGAUGAAGCUCACAAUGCACGGCGUGUCAACGGCAUUCAACCGCCCCCAACAGGAGAUAUCGCUAUUGGUUAUAUCCAGGGUCUUUGGCAUGAGGACUACAAACCAGAUGGUAAAGCAAUUGAAUGGCAGGAUGGCGAUCGAACCGCUGCAAUAUUCUCUGAGGAAUUUACAACCGAGUACGCCUCAGAGGGUUGGGCACAAAUGGAGGAGUUUUGGAAGCGUACCGGGGUUAAAAUUUGGCAGUUGAACCCAGCGCUUCUGGGUCAGGCCGGACGUCAAUCAGAGUGGUCAAGUGUCUUUGGCCAGAAUGUUAUCUCUGUAGUUUUGAAGACAUUGUCCCUGCACCGGACCUUACACUCCCGCCUCAUUCUGCCCGGUGGUCAAGUCUGCUUUCCUGGUGCAGAGUUGUUGCCGAUGACGAUAAUCACCGAGGAGCUAAACUUUGACCGGUCGAUCCGUUUUCGCGUGCAGGAGCACGGGCGCAACUGUGCCUUGAAAACUUUCAUCGCUGGCCCUUCAAACACUCUAGACAAUUUCUCACCCAGCCAGGGCGGCCUCUCCUCUCACAACUCGCAAGAGGGGUCGCUCAACUUCAGCGCCUACAGAGAAGGAAUCCUCGUAGCCUAUGACUGGAGGAAUAUGCAGAUAUUGUACUCGAAUGUUGAAAAGAUUUUUGGAAACGACCCCGACGGAGUUCUCGCGACACUGCGCAAACUACGAGACGGAAAUGUCAUGACCAACAGCCAGAAGCAAAGACUGCAGCGACGCGCUGCGAAGGACACCAUGCCAACGGUGGGAGUAGAACAUGUUCAGAAAUUGCUCUCGCAUGAUAAUAAUCAGGGGCUGGACUAUUUCUUUACACGGACAUGCCCAGAUCCAUAUGUCCUCCCCUUGACGGAUCGUGCCGCGUGGGUACACUGGCUGGCCGGCACAAACCCAAUGCUUGCAAGAAUUUUUGAGCUUUGCUAUCGUUACGUACAUGAGAAGAAGGAACGCGUGCUGGUCUAUGUCGAUACCCCUUGGAUCCAGCAAAUGGUAUAUGCAGCACUCUUGAUGGCUGGCUACAAGACACUCACAGUUCGUUCCGCCGACAAACCUGCGGCUAAAGUCGAAGCUGUACAGAAGUUUUCGGAUCCACGCUCAGGCGCACAAGUGUUCGUCGCCAACAUAAAUAUCAUGUCAACAGGUGUAAAUCUGCAUCACGCUUGUUGUUAUGGCAUCCUGGCCACCUUCCAUUUCAACGCCAAAACGAUCCAGCAAGUCCAUGGACGGCUUAACCGCCUAGGUCAAAAAAAGGCUGUUAUUUGGCAUAACCUCAAAGUAAAAGAUUCUUUUCAUGAUCACCAGGAGCGCAUGCUCCUCACGAAAUGGUCUCGUCAAUUGUCUGCCGAAUCCAACCUCCCACAGUGGAUGAAUGGCGCAUUGCGCGAGGUUAUGCUCUUUGAGCUAAUGCGCGCGCACUGGAAUCAGCCAUUCAACCGUUAUAGCUGGGUCAUUAUCGCCGAAAGGGAUGGCAAAUCAAUGGAUUACUACAGCGAGGAAGCCAUCAAAUUGGGCUAUUGCUGCUCGCUCUUGGCUAAGCUUGUCUUGUUCGACAAGAAGGAGGACUACUGGAGUGAAAAUGAUGAUUUUAUCGCUAUAGCUCUGCUCGAACUUGCUGGCAGCCAAGAGCUGGAACAGCUUGAACAAUGGCUCAAACUUGACGACCAGGCUCUUCGAGUGGCAUUGGAGAUGCGACUCACAAAGCUCAUUCACGUGGCCAAGACAAACGAGGCAAACAAGGAGCAAAUUGAGCGUUUCAGGGACGGCGUGAAGGAGAGGCAAGCGCGCGAACCCAUUCAGAUCAUCGACGAAGACGGCUCGGACAGUGAAGAUCCGGUAGAGGAUGAAGACGCUGAACUUGACAACGAGAAAGAGCCCGAGACUGCUACUGACGAGGAACCCAAUGGUCCUGCUGGCAAAGAUGUGGAAGAUGGCGCAAGGGAGUUGGACAAUCAGGAAGGAAGGGUGGAUAUCAACACACCACCAAGCAAUCAGGAAGUUGGAGAGUAG